AUGAUGGGCCAGACGUGCGUUCAAGGAACCCCUUCAAAAAAGCUAACUGGUGCUGCAGCAGAAGCUGCAGCUAAGGUCAAUAAGCUUCUUCUACACGAAUUUAAUGUGAGGGUUAGCAAUAACCCCUCUACGAAUUUGGAGGAGUUGAUAAAGUUCAAGCUCAAAACCUAUCCCCUUCUUCGUCAAGUUUUUGUGGACUCGGCUGUGAAGGCUGAAUCAACAAAGGGCACUGACACCCAGUCCGGUCCUCCACCGGCUGUAAGAGAGAAAUUUCUAAUUCCCUCGGAUGUUGUCGUCAUACAUCCUUUGAGUAUGGCUGUUACUCGUGCAGCCCACACGAUUAGACGUCUCAAUGAUCUGAUCUUAAACAGUGACAUACUAUGGCAUUUUGGAUCGACCGCAGUACUAGGCCUUACCCCAAACCUUGCUCUGAAACUCGGCACUUACAUUGAUGUGGAUCAUCUGGCAAUGCUAGAAGACAUAAGACGCCAGAAUUUGCGCGUUCCUAUACCAGAUACUCACGGUGUGUUGCAACAAACCGGCACCACUCGGAACUUCGUCUUCAUGUCCCGUGUGCCGGGACAACCGCUGGACUCACUUUGGAAGAUGUUGAGCCCCUACCAGAAAGCUGACCUAAGGUCGCUCCCUUUUACACCAUCCAACGAACCUGGUGCAGUGUACGGUGGAGACACGCCUCGCCGGUGUAAAGACACCAGAAGGGAGACUCGUGUGGCAGACACUCCGAUCAGCAAUGAGAUGGAAUUCAAUCAUUUCCUGUCAUACAACCCUCGGCGUACUGAAACGAGCCAAAUUGUGAUGAUUCGAUCAUACAUGACAACUGGACACGAACUGACAUCCGAAGCCUUGACCGGUACAGAUAACUUGCCGUCGAAGCGAGUAACAAUUACAGGUAUUAUAGAUUGGGAAACAUGUGGUUGGUAUCCAGAAUACUGGGAGUACUUGAAAGCAUUGAACACAAUCUUUCCAGGAUGCAAUUGUGAGGAUUGGUGGGAGUACUUGCCAAAAACGAUCGGGAUUUGGCCUAAGGAGCAUGCAGUCGACCUGAUGUUAGAUAACUGGUGUCGGUGA